AUGGAUGUCUUUACCAUAAUUUUUACGGGGAUGGGUUUUUUUUCACUAUUUACUUUAACGUUCAGUUUUAAAAUUAUUAAAAGAGAAUUAAAGUUUAGAGUUUUUUUAAUUUAUAUUACUCUUAUUGUACAAGGUCUUUGUUCUUUUUUUUUUUAUUAUUAUUUUUGGAAUGGAAAAGAUAUGAUAGGCGUAAUCAUAAUAUUAAUUUUAUUAGUAUUUACAUUUAUAAAUACAAUUUUAUGUCACCGAAACUUUGGCAAAUCUCAUAUACUUCUCAUAAAGUUUAAUCCUAACUUGGAUAAGGAUUAUGAAUAUUCUGAUGAUCUGGAUGACGACGAGGAAGAAGAAGAAAAAGAUGAAAAGAUUUCUGAGAUAUUAAACAGAUAUUGGAAAUUUAUUAAAGAAUCUUUUAAUUCACUAGUCCAAGAAUAA